AUGCCAAGCUCCCUAAGAUCAUCAUCAGACCCCCUAUCCCUAUCCUACAAGAGCAGCUCCAACACCUACAACAACACCUACAACAACACCUACAACAACACCUACAACAACACCUACAACUACGCCGACGACUACACCAAUAACUACACCUACACCAACACCAAGCUCACCCACGAAGACUGGACGACACGGUCGACCUACACCUACCAACACCCCAAAUUCGACCCCAAGCACCCGCCCCUAGUCAUCAUAACGGAGCUAGACCAGGAGGACGAGCCCGAUGUAUUCGAGGUCCACCUGUAG